CACGGAACACCUGCCUCCCUACAUUCGAUGGGGUUCAACCCCUACACUCCCCCCCCAUCCUGUUCACUACCACAAAAGACCGCCGUUCCCACCCAACCGGUCAUCGACAUCGUCGUCCUCGCGAGAUAUGCCUGGCACGGCGCCUAAGGUGGCCAUCCCACGGUCGCGAAGUCUCAGCAGCCAGUCUGAACGACGCCGGUCGGCGAGGGCCUGCGAACCCUGCCGUCAGCGGAAAAUCAAGUGCGAUGGGAACAAGCCGUCCUGCAGGCAGUGCGUGGAGCAUGACGUCAGGUGUACCUACAUGGAUGUCAAGCGGGUGCGGGACCAGAAACUGCUGGGAGCUCUGGCGAAGAAAGUAGAUCGCUAUGAGAAAUUAUUGGAAGAUCUCGAGGGACAGGUCGACGCUCCGAUGGCCAGGCGGAUCCGGAAGGCCUUAAAGGCAUCGAACGAACCUCUUCCCACGACCGACGAAUACCCCGACUCAGACGACGACUCCGAAUCGAUCGGAUCCCUGGACAAUAUUGACUUGGUGGAAGAGGACCUCAAUCGGAAUGAGAGGACGGUGGCGAUGGGGUUCUUCGGAAAGAACUCCGAGGUCUCGUGGAUGCAAAGACUGGUGGACGAGGCUUCCAAUCUCAGCAUCCAGUCUUCCGAGCACGUCGAGCAGCAAGACCAAGUUACUUCCGGCCAGUCGGCCGUGCACAAGCCAGGCUAUUCGAUCUCGAUGCUGAGCUACCAUCUCGACGAUCUCAGCAUCCCGAUCCUGGAAUCGGUGGACCCGUACGCGCUGCCGCCCAAGGAGCUGGCCGACCGGUUCUUCGGCGCCUACUUGGAAUCUGUCUAUCCCACUUUUAUGGUGAUUCGGCGCAAGACAUUCGCGGACCAGUAUGAGAAAUUCUACCGGGAGCCGUCGCACCCGCCACGGACGUGGCUCGCCAUCCUGAAUCUGAUCUUCGCCAUUGGAAGUCGUUAUCUCCGUCUGAUCAACAGUUCAGAUGCCGGGGACAUGGAUGAUCUGGUGUACCUGAAUCGGGCUCGAAAGCUGGCCUUGAGUGGAAACGUGCUUUUUGAGCAUGCCGACCUCCAGCAAAUCCAAGUGGAAGCUCUGGCCGCUUUCUACCUCCUGUCUCUGGACCAGGUGAACCGGUCUUUCCGGCUGUCCAGCUUGGCGUUCCGAUCGGCCUUGUCGCUUGGGAUCAACCUUCGCUUUGUGGAUGACCGGACGCAGAAUGCCGCGAAGGAAGCCCGGAGCCGUCUUUGGUGGGCCAUCUACAUCUUUGAGUACCUCCUCGCCUCGAUCACGGGCCGGGUCUCCUGCGUCGGGGAGUGCCUCACUGCAACCCCGCUGCCCGUUCCGUUCGAGGAGGAUAAUUUCCACCGUCCGGAGGCGCUCUGCCUCCUCCAGGACACGCCGCUGCGGGCGAGUCGUCUGAAGAUGACGCUCUUACAGAGCCGGGAGGAAGCUCAAGCUAGUGCCGAGUGGCUGGCCAUCUGCCCUCCUAGCCCGUCGCUGCUUUUCCAUUGUAUCGCGGACCUCAUCGCCAUUACGCAGGCCAUCAUCAACAAGGUCUACAGUCUCCAGGGACUGCGGGAUCGACCCAGCCAGGUUGAACAGCGCAUCCGGAAGUACGCCGCCAUAUUGGAGGCCUGGCUGUCCAAGGUCCCUGAGGUCUACCGAUUCACCGAGCGGCACAGCGAGCGGCUCUUCAUGCCCGAGAACAGUCCGUUCCUGCGGGAGCGCGUCUAUCUUGCGUUUUCGUUCUACAGCGCCAAAAUCAGUCUUUGCCGACCCUGCCUCUCGCACGCCAACAUGAAGGCCGACCUCGCCGACCGGCCGACCCACCGCACCCGCUUCCGCACCGACAUGGCCCUCACCUGCCUGCGAGCCUCCUGUUCCCUGAUCUCCAUCCUCCCCGAUGACCCCGACAUCAUCUGGCUUGCCCGGAUCACGCCGUGGUGGAGCGCCCUCCACUUCAUCAUGCAGGCAACCACCGCGCUUCUGCUUGGUCUGAUGUGUUGGCCGAGAGUCGAAAAGGACGACCGAAUUCUCACGGCGUCGCAGACGAUCAGUAAAGCAAUGAUGCUCACAUCCACUCGAAAGGCCUUCCGAUGGCUAUAUACGAUGAGCGAGAAGAACGUGGCCUUUCGACGGGCCUUUCUGAAUGUCGAUAAUGCCCUCCGUCAAAUCGCUCCGAUUUUGGAACUGGACAUCAGCGACUUUCCCGAUGGAAGUACCCUGUCCCCAGCGAGUGACAACAUACUUGGUGGCGAGAAGAUCGGACUUGAUUUCUUGGAUAUUUGAUUUACUGUACUUUGGUGCGGUUCUCGGUUCUUGAAAUUGGUGUUCAAUGCAAGCUAAGUAUUACGCGAUGACGUUUAAACAAAAAACCGGAG